AUGCCGGUCAAGGUUGCUAUCAAUGGCGCGGGGGGUCGCAUGGGCCGCCGCCUCCUCGUCCUCUCAGCACGAGACCCCGACGUCGAUCUUGUGCAGGCGAUCGAAUACAGCGCUCAUCCCAUGCAGGGCAAGAAAAUCCGCGAUUUCGAGCCCGAUGUCGAGUCGGAUCUCUCCCUGACCCCAGAGCUCAUGCCUGGUGCUGACGUCGUCAUUGACUUCUCGUCCCCUGAUGGUACCAAGACCCUGGCCAAAAGAGCGGAGGAGCUCGGAAUCGCGCUGGUGAUUGGAACGACUGCAAAGGAUUUCGAAUGGAGGGCUGCGGUGAAGGAGUCCUCAAAGAAGGUUCCUAUGAUCCACGCUCAGAACUUCUCGUUGGGCGUCAACCUAGUCUUCAAGGUGGCAGCUCAGAUCGCCAAGUCGCUGGGAGAGGAGUUUGACAUCGAGAUCGUUGAGGGGCACCAUCACCACAAGGUUGACGCCCCCAGUGGCACUGCGAUGGGAAUCGCAGACUCCAUCUGCACUGAGAUCGGGCGAGACGUCAAGAACGAUCUGGUUUACGGGCGUGAGGGUCAAGUGGGCAAGAGGAAGAGCAACGAGAUCGGCGUGCAUGCGUUGAGGAUGGGCUCGGAAAUUGGGUUGCACACGGUGUACUACGCAUCAGAGCAUGAGCGCAUUGAGCUCACCCAUCGCGCGUCCACACGAGACGUUUUCGCUGCUGGAGCCAUCCGAGCGGCCAAGUGGAUCAAGGGAAAGUCUGCCGGUUACUACGAGAUGACGGACGUGUUGGGAUUGUGAGGGGAGGAGGAGGCGAAGCUGCAGGCGCCGCAUCGACGCUGUUGGCGAUGUCCUGCCUUAGCUCUUCCAACUUGAUAUGACCUGCACGGAGAUGAAAGAAAGUCGUUUGACAGCUGUU